AUGCCAGAUAACGGCGGCAACACAAAACAGCCGACUCGGCCACGUAUCCGAGCGGGAAAGGCAUGUAAACGGUGUAACCAGAAACGCAUCAGGUGCGAUGCCAUGAAUUGGAUGCCAUGUACAAACUGCGUACAAGAUGGGAUCGCCGAAUGCACUCUUCGUGAGUCGAAACGUGGGACAUACACCCGCAAAUUCCGUGAACAGGAUCCUUCAGAAUGCGAGCUAGAGGGUGGACAUGCCGGAAAUAACUACAGGGAUACCGGGCUUUCAAAUACGUUUCAAAGUGCAAACACCGUCAGGCCACCAUUGCUCUCAAAUGGCGGGGCCGAAAUAGGGAUCGAUGCCAUUUCUGGUAUUGCAGGUUCUCAAUCAAAUCCUAUCCUCCGUCAGACCACAGAGACUCAACUACCUGCCCACAACUCGUUAAGCACGGAUCCUGUCGGUUACGACGACAACAACAUCCCACGACAUGAUGAUCUUUCGCCAGACGCACAACCAGCCGAUCGUUCAAAUACGAAUAGAGCACGGUGUGCAGAGCGAGGCCUUAUGGCAAACGACUCGCCGUCGAAUGAGUACGAGUCGCCAUCGGAUCAGCGAACCCACGAGAAUGCCGAUAUCGCAUCAUCAUAUCAGGACCUGUCCUGGUCGACCAUGUUUGACUACUUCCUACAUAACCGAAGAAAUGGUCGAGAGUUCAUUGACAAGUGCUCAAUCACAUACCUAGGAGAAUCUUUCCCCUUGGCAAUUGUUUUGGGGGAUGUUAAUGAGAGUGGUCGGCAGAAGUUACAUCACCCAGGACCCCCUCUCCCAGAAACCGAAGGAGGCAAAGGUGGUAAUAUGUCUCAUUUCCACCCGUCACAUCUGAUGCCUGAAGACUUUGAGCAUUUGCAGGCCAAGGGAGUCUUUGAUUUCCUGGAGAAAUCACAUCUUGACGCUUUGGUUUCAGUCUUUUUGGAACACGUUUAUCCCUCGUAUCCAAUUGUGAGCCGACAGGAACUGAUCCAUCAGCACAAUAACGGGGAGGUUCCGUUGAUUCUUCUACACUCUAUCUGUUUCAUUGCGGUGACAUUUUGCCCACCAUCGGUUCUACAUCUCGUUGGAUUAUUCUCCCGUCGUAAUGCUCGAGCCCACUUUUACAAAAAGGUCAAAGCUUUGUUCGAUUCAGGUUAUGAAAUGAACAAGAUUGUGAUUCUUCAAAGCGCCAUCCUGAUGUCUUUUUGGGGUGGAGGUCCAAAUAACUAUUGGAACUUUUAUUCUUGGGUAAGCACUGCAGUUACCAUUGCGGAAGCUAUUGGCAUACACCGGUCCAUAGCGACAACAAACAUGCAGUCCCAGGACAAGAGUUUACUUCGGAGAUUGUGGUGGGUACUGGUUGUCCGGGACAGCGUCUGUAGCGCGUUAGUUGGACGCCCAUUUCGAAUCGAUAUGGACCAGUCCGACACGGAAAUGUUAACUAUUGAAGAUUUCGCUGAUGACACGGUGCCUCUGGGAUUUGUUGAAAAUCUUUACCAUCAGCGAUAUGCCCUCUACCAGAUCAAUAUCGCGAAACUUUCACUUAUUCUGCGUGACAUUGUUAUGAGCCGGUUCUAUCCAGGGAAACCGGCCAUUCCAUCUGAAGAGCUGCAUGAUAAGCUUAGCCACUGGAAACAGGCAGUUCCCUCCGCAUUAGAUUGGACGGGAGAGACAGCGGACUAUCAGAAUCCAUUCUCCGUGUCUCUCCUUGUACAAUACAAUCAUCACCUCAUCUUGAUUUAUAUAGGCCACUUACCCGAUGACAACAUUUGUUCGCCCAAAGAGCGUGAACGAGAAGAAAUAGCUAGCACUGCCGCACAGAACAUCUCCGCAGCUGCUUGUACAAUUGUCACCAAAUCAUCCUUUUUAUCGGUACCCCACGAGGUAUUUCAUGGUGUCUUCAUGGCCCAGGCCGUUUUCUACACGAAACUCAAAAGUCCGAAUCCGUUAGUGGCACAGCUUGGUCGAUCUGCCUUGAAUAAUUGCCAAAUGGUGCUCCAUGCAAUAUGUGAGUGCUGGGAUCCAGCGCCAUGGAUCAUGCAAUUAUUCGAGGGCCUAUCUGCCAGAUGUCAAGAUAGACAGACAAGCAGUCGGGAGCAGCGUAGCCACGCCGCAAUGGCUGCGGAUUCAACGUGGUUCAGUGGGAUUCUGGGAUCAACCCCCGAGGCAGGAGUUUUUAACAGCCUGCUCAGAGAUGAUGCAUGGAAGAGUAAUCCAAUGCUAUCGUCACUUUUUGAAAUGCCUCCAGAUUUAUUUCUGUCGGAAUAA